AUGGCUUCUGUCACCGCUGCCGAAGCAGGCCCUCCACAAGACCUCUUCGGCACCACCGAGACCGCAGCCAGCCGAGUUGCCGCAAACAGUCUCCUGAUGUCCACAAUUUUCGACUAUGUGGACGAACCUCACACCUUGCUCGAUUGUAUGCUCAUGAGCAGGGAGCAAUUCCCGAUCGCUGCACGUGCCUUAUACCGGUCUGUUGAAGAGGACGAUAUAUUGGCUCUGUGGAGGAGGGGCUGUAGUCUGAAGCGCUUCCAGCUUUACGUAGGAGCAGUCAGGAUACUCCGACUGCAUCGGAUCGUUUGUGCCGAUGAAGUGCAGCUCUAUAUGCAGCAAUACGAGGCUUUACAACAUAUUCGUGCCGGUGAUCAGGAACCCUCACUGCUCCAGUUGGAAGAGCUUUACACCUGGCAGGACCGCGAGAUUAGGAUCCUAGGAUACAAAUUGAAGGACGUUCCUUUGAUUCAAUCCCUUCGAUUGGAAGGCGAGGAAGGGGGGCUGGUGCCGGUUGGCUUUCUCGCAAUCAGCUGGGAUGGGGAUGGCCCAGAAAAGGUGGAUGGCUCGUGCGUUCGCAACUAUAUUGUGAACGCCAUCAAAGAUUACGAUAAAACCCCCUCGUGGUUACUGGAUCACCUGACGACACUGGAUCUGCCCAACGUCAAUUUCGAUGUGAAAAGCUUGGAGACCGUUCUGAUUGGCUGUCCUAAGCUCGUAAAUUUACGAUGUUCAAUGGAACUGGACAACGACAGCUUGGAAGGCUUCGGACCCGAUUGCAGGAAGAAAUACCACGAAGCCCUAGUGCGGCUCAUGGGACAGCACGGAGCCCGGUUGUACGACCUGAGCGUCCGUUGCCGAGGAGAUUCGAUAUUCUCAUACAUGAGCAGUCUAAGUGGUCCCCGAACACUUCGUUUAUCCGGAUUCAUAGAAGAGUCCGACUCUAGCCUCUUUGCGCAGAUGGUGACGAAUCGGAUAAAGCACAAGGACACUACGACUAGACGAGUUAUCCUGAAGCCGAACAGCCACAUAGUGAAGAAGAACGCAGACCAGCCAAUCAGCCCUUAUGAGGCGGCGAAACUCGCUCGCUCGAUGUCAUCCUCUUCGUCCGUCAUUCAAGUGGAGUAUCCUAUCGCUGUGUCAGUUGGAGUGAAGCGCUGGGUGGACCAACUUUCCUCAAUCCUCAAGACGCUUGAGAGAGAAGACGAUAUCGUCUGGGAGAGUUCGAAGCAGAAAGGUUGGCACAAAAUCAAGAGUGACCUUGACAGUGACGAUCGAUAG